AUGGAGCAAACAAAAGCUCUGAACGCUCUAGAGCCGUUCAUCGCCCUCUCCAAGACGGCCACCUCGCCGCGUGCCGCCGCCGACCUCAUCGAGCGCGCCACCUCCGCGCCCAACACCUACGUCUUCGCCGAGCUCCUCCGCGCGCCCGCGCUGCGCGCCCUCGCCGCCUCGCACCCCGAGGCGCUCCGGCCGCACCUCGCCCUCCUCCGUGCCUUCUCCCACGGUGACUACGCCACCUACGUCGCGACUCCCUCCCUGCCGCCGCUCGGCGACGCGCAGCGGCUCAAGCUGCGGCAGCUCAGCCUGCUGUCGCUCGCCGCCUCGGGCCGCCGCGAGGACCUGACCUACGCGCGCCUCCGGGCCCGGCUGGGCCUCGCCUCCGCCGCGGAGCUCGAGACGCUCGUCGCUACUGCGAUUGACGCCGGGCUCGUCGACGCCAAGCUCGACCCGGCACGGCAGCGCGUCCGCGUCACCCGCCGCGGCGGCGGCGGCGGUGUGGCUGUCCGCGAGCAGCUCGCGCGCCGCGCCGCCGCGGCAGCGUCGGGGAGGCGGACGACGAACGUACUGGACUCGGCCGCGGGGACGACUAAGGGCGCCCUGGCGGAGGCCAUGGACCUGGACGCGCCCCUGCCCACCGCCGACGACGGCAAGAAGAGGGCGGGCAAGCGAAAGAUGUGA